CAGAACGGGGUGCUUUGAGUGUAUAGUGGGUCUCGCGGGCGCACAUAUUUGCCGGUGAUGGAUGAUUAGGAGAUUGGAGUUGGUGUUAAACCUUGGAAAUGAUCGUAGUUGAUUGAUUGUUAUCUGAUAAUAGUUACAUUAGUGACAAGGUGGUGAAAUAAGUUAUCGCGAAUCAUUAUGGAUACGAAUGGCUCCUUCAUCAAAGCGUACAGCAACAAUUGGCUGUCGCAGUUUGGAUUGUACAAAUAUGCAAGUCCGAUAGAACCGCAGCCUCAGCAAAAGCACAGCCCUCAGAACCGCAGGAUAGCCUUGUACGGAGUCCUGGCGAUGGCAUUUGUACUGUUUUUCAUUGCGUUCUUUAUCGUCAACAAAUCGGAGGCAGACAAGCGGCAGAUGAUCACGGAGAGUUUUUCCAACGAAACCACUAUUGAGUCAAGCAUGGAUCAUACAGCGCUGACGACUCCCUUUUCCUCGAAUGGUACUUCACAAGUGUUAACGAAUGAUGCGGAUAAUCCUGAGAGCAGAGAGUCGGCUGAGAAGAGCAAGCAGCGACGAAUUCGAAGGCUUGGUACCGAAGCUCCCGCAAAUGACUUAAACGACAAUCUUGUACUGUUCCCAAGUCAGUAUUUAAAGCCCCCCAAGCUGGGCAGCGUGAAGAAAUUUUCCGAUGACUUUGCUAUGGCUGAGAGUUUUCAGCUGCUAGAAUCAGAUGUACCUCGACCGUUUAGCUUCGAAGGCGAAGGGGAGGUUCCAGUUGGUUUUACUAAAUCAAAUUACUCCUCCAACGUGGCUGAUGAAGUACCAGAGCAUAGGAUGAAUUCCGGUGCGGCAGACAGCAUUCAGGAUGUCCUGAAACAACUAUCGUCGACAAAAACUCAAAACCAUAUUUAUUACCCACAACAUCAACAGCAACCAUCCGAGUUCAACAAUCCGAUGUAUCAGAACCAUCGGGUAAAAUUUUCUGGAAUUUAUCGCCAUCCAAGAAGGAAUGGUGAAAUAACUACUUUAUUUGGUGCUGCCUCGAAACAACACGAGCUUCAUAUUUCAAAGCCAGAGAUCAUCAAUAACCAAUUGACUGUCCCGAGUGGAUACAUGCCAGAUAGUCUUUACAAUUUUAGACCAGCUAAACCGAGUGAUGUCAAUUUGCUUGCCACAGAUCAAUACAGAUUUGCUCCUGAGAGAGACCCAGAAGCAGUGGAUAGACAGCCUAAAGGUAUGCCUUUUUCGAUAAUGCUGGAUAUUGAACCCAUGAAUGAGGGCAACUUCCGACGUCCAAAAGCAAAGAAGAUCUCACCAGAUCAUUCGAGCAACAAUUUUCCAACGUAUUUCAACAAUCAUAACUUUGCCCAAGUCAAGCAUGCAAUAUACACUCAACAGUACCGACCAGAUGACCCUUAUUUUCGGGGAUCGGCAUACUAUCACCGACCGCCUCGAACUGUUGUUCCCACGUUGAAACCGGGAAAAUUGAUGGUGCAUUUGAAUCUUUACCCAAAGCAACCCGGGGCAAACAGAAAGUUUGAGCUCGAAAAAAGCACUUUGGAAUUUGGAAAUCUCCAAUUGAACAUCGGCGAGAAAUUGCCAGAUCCCGAGCGGCACAAGUCGGAACCUACUGAAACUGCUUUGCCGAAUUAUUUGGAUGCUUACCUCACGGGAUUACCUAGCAUAACCACCAGUACGGAAAUUCCGCCGUCAACGACAACCGCAAGACGACACGGAGCGAAGAGAAGUACUCGCAAUAAAAGUGUUGCUACUGAGCAUCCAUUUUCAGGACGCUAUCCACCUUAUCGUCAUGUUAGACGAAGGCAUCAAAGAGAACAUCCAUCGUUGGAUCUUGCCAGAGUCAACAAACCGAAAGAUUUCCACCCGUCUGAAGCACUAAGCUUCGACGAAAACGAUGCUAUUUGAUUG